ACUGGAGAAGUGCCCUUGGAAGAGGAAAAACUGAGAAAAUUUUUCGAAAAGUACGACAAGAAUGGCGAUCGUAAACUGAGCAAAGAAAAGUUGAACGAAGCCUUUAACUACCCAGGGGCAUAUAUUCCAAGAUGGAAAGCUUGGCGUGAUCUCCAAGUUGCAGACACUAACGGCGAUGGAUUCAUCGCUCAGGAUGAGAUGAAUAAGCUUGUCACAUAUGCCCUCUAA